AAGAUUAUAAAAAGCUGCGAGGAGCUUGUUUUUCCCAGUUGCCACAUUGCUCUAGGAGUGAACAACACCUGAAGUGCAGUAAGAGGCAACGACAAUUCAGGAUGAGGUCGGUCGCUUUGGCAGUCGUCCUCGGCAUAGCUUUGAUAGCAAUAGCCAAGGGUGAUCCCGUUGAUGAGCUUGACAAUGUUGAAUACCAGGAAGAGUCACAAGGUGACGAGCUCGAACUAAAUGAACCGAGCAGUAUUUCAAAUACUGAAGCGGAUAGCCUUGAGCACAACAAAGAGCUAGAAGCGGAUGAUGCAAAUGAUGAUGAUGAUGAUGCAAACACGAAUGAUGAAAACUCCUUGGACAUCCCUAACUUUGAAUCCGAUUCUGAUCCAUCAGAAAGCAGUUUAGAAGAUAAAGACACUUUGGUGAAAAAUGAUCCCAAACCAGGCUGGGGAGGAAGAAGAAGAAGGUCCAGGAGAAGAAGGUCCAGGAGAAGAAGAGCCAGAAGAAGAAGAGCCAGAAGAAGAAGAGCCAGAAGAAGAAGAGCCAGGAGAAGAAGGUCCAGGAGAAGAAGGUCCAGGAGAAGAAGAAGAAGAUGGUUCGGGAGAAGAAGACGAAGGCUAGCAAUUUUCAGAAAGAGGUAUUGGAAAAGAAAGUUCUUCCCGUCAUGCAGAAGAUCAAGAUUUCAUCCAGGAAGACGCCCCUUAAUAGGAUCACCACGUCGAACCUGUAUCAACUCCAACAAUUUAUACAGUCAAGCGAGAUGCUGGGCACCCAAGAUAUUCUUGGGGAUUGGUGAGCAGUACAAUCCUUCGUCAGUUGACUUCUUCUUCCGUUAUGUUAGACUAAUAAGACGCAAUGGCUUCCGUUAUCAGGUGGUCAACCACAAUCCCAGAGCCAACAACCUACCUAAUGGAAACUCACUCUAUUUUCUGAAGUCGAAAUACAGAAUUCGAACACCGUCAUCGACAGUUCCUUUUUUUAGAGGUUCACAUCCAAGGUAUGUUCCAAUCUACACUAUGUGGAGACAGUUCAGGCAAGGAAAAAAUGUCGUGAGGGAUUUCAUCUACUGGGCAUUCUUCCCUUACAAUCGAGGCAAGAAUGUAUGUAUUGGAGGUGCAAAGUUUGGCAGAUGCUUCGGAGGUUGCACUGUCAUGGGAAAUCAUGUUGGCGACUGGGAGCAUGUAACUGUACGUCUGGUAAACAAUAGGCCAUCAAAGAUGUAUGUAGGUGCCCAUAAUUUCGGCGGUAUAUAUAGCUGGAAUGGAAGGACCUUUGCUAAAGGUAACGAUAAGUUGACAUUUUCAAGAGAUGGACACCCUAUUGUCUAUUCUGCGGUUGGUUCUCACGGUAUGUGGACACGACGUGGAAGGAUCACAUACAAAACAAUCAAAAACGGAGAAAAACUACAAGAUCUGGUAUCAACCGGAACAGCUUGGGAUACAUGGAGAAAGAUGGUUAUGAUCCCCUAUUCAAAGCACAGGCAUUACAGAGGAAAUCUGAAGUGGAUGAACUUCAAAGGAAGAUGGGGCGACCCAAAAAGAGGUUGUGUUUUACUGGAAAAGAUUUCUGGAGAAUGCAGGCUUAAUAGUGGACCGACUGGACCGGCCGCGAAGUCUGUCAUGACAAGCACCGUAUUGAACUAAACUUUUUUUUUAUUUCUGGAAAGACAUUCUUGGGAUGAAAUUAAAAUGAGCCCAGACUCUUAAGCUAAUUUCAUUUCAUUUUGUUACUAAUCAGUAAUUUUUAUUGCUGCACUUUAUUCACUAGAAGCAAGGAAUUGAAAA